AUGAUCUUGUACCCCUCCGCACCAUCGAGGUCAGCCCACAACUUGAACGCUCGAAUCUCGAUGACGUGUUAAGCUUCGCUUCCACCGCUAGCGACAGCCAAUCCUCCCGCCGCACCGAACACGCACAGUAUGUGUACUCCGGUCCGCUCCUACGCAACAGUCCAGUGUUGGCAUUGUAGAAUGCAGUCUGGGGCGACUCGUGCACAGCAGCAUCAAAUUCAGCAUGAAGCGGUUUCAGCUUCGACUUCGACUUCGGCUUCCGUCUGCGUUGCUCCCCAAGUAUCGGAUCUACAAAUCGCCGAUGGAGACUGUCUCGUGCCCGACGUAGUUUUGGCGAAUGUGGUGACCGCAGAGACAGUGGAGCCAACAUCAUCGCUCUUUGAAGGCUACGCAACAACGCAUAACGACUCUGAUGAACCAGUAUUCGAACACGUACAUGUGCCGCCACCCCCUACCGACGAACCAAUUCACUCAUGGCUGCUCUUUGAGAAAGCUCUCCGUUAUUUCAACCAGGACAAGCCCACCUAUGUCAUUCCGACAGGCGACGCCCCUUUGUGGGAACUUUCGGACGAGCUCGUGCUCUCAAAGCUGUGGCCACACCUCGAUCCAUUUGGUCUCGUCGGUUCCUGUGUGGAGCGCGACCUCGACAUUUCUCUGGACGAGCAAGUCAAACAUUUGCUCAAUCUAUACGACAGCGAUUUUCGAUGCGACCCGUCUUUCCCAGUCAUCGUCUCGAACAUGCUCCGCCGACGAGAAGUAUUUCGCCAACUCGCUUUUCGGGUCCCCAAUGGCUCGAAUCGCAGCAGCACAGUUCGAAAUCGACAUGGAUGUUUUUGUCCGAAAUGAUCAAAAAUCCCAAGGACACGAAAAGGUACAAGGCAACAACAGAAGCAGAAAAGCAUACCAACCGUAUUCUUGCGGAAUUGCAAAGUGUCCGAGACAAAUUUCACGGCACAACUGCGCAGAUGUUCGACAUGAGGAGUGGGAUCCGCGGAUACGUCAACGCGUUCGGUAUGUACACCCUCUUCGUCAUCAUCAACCCGGAAGAUUUACGCUCACCGUUGAUGACGAGGUAUCUCACAGCCUUAGGCGCAUCAAGGACAAGUUUCUCGACCAAGCAGAUACCGUUUGGGCCAACGACAAAAAGUCAUCUAAUCGUGGAUUGCAACGCUCUUCCCACUUUGAAAGAUUUGUGGGGGAAUACUGACACUCCAUGCCAUUUGAUUCCCAUGUCUCUCAGCGGUGGACACAUUCACCACACCUAGCCAGGCCGUCUCGCGCCCAAGUCGCUCCCGGAAGUCCCGAUCUCUCAACGUCAACUGAAACCACUUCUUAUAGCUGACUUCGGUGAACGCGCGAUGUGGGUCCCCGGCGCUGACGACCACAUGUGAACACAAACUCGUCCACUGCAGACGCAGACUGUGACAUGGGCGAUGUCGAGUAA